UAGUCGUGCGUUCGUCCAGCUUGGCGGACGACAGGAACGACAGUCCAACGGUUUAUUUAACUCUUGUAACAUUCAAUACAUUCACCAUGACAUUCUAUCGUGUAUUCGAGUGCUAAAUACCUUAAUAUUAAAUACGAUUAACUGCUCAAUUAAUUUCAAUCCAAUUCAUGGAAUUUAUAAUUCAAAGUAAUUUGUGAAAUAAAGUGUAACACGUGUUCAUAAAUAUAUUAUUCAAUCGUGUCAUCAUUACUUUUUUAAAUUCAUUAUCAAUUCAAAAAAAUUGUUUGUUAAGAAAACUAUUUAAAGGCAUGAUGUGAAUUGUAGAAAGUUAUUAUCCUUGAUUAAUUAUUUAUAUUAUUGGUAUUUAAAUAUAAGCAAUUUUAAAAAUACUCAACACUAUUCAUGUUUAUUUAAAAUUGCCAAGGAUUCAAAGUUUUUACUUGAUGACAUCAGAGCAUUAGGGCAGACAAGAGAAUUGAGUCAUCAGUAGGGCGUUGAAUAAACCCUAGUGUUUCUGUGUAAAGAAGAAAGAAGAGACACUUAAGAGGGUGAUAAUGUAAAUGGUUUAGAUAAUUUUUCUCAAGUCGUGUUUACUAGUAUCAGGGGUUAUCAGAUAUUUUCGGGUGAGUUGUUUUCGGAAACAAAAUUUCUAAAUACAAAACACAGACCGCCCACUGUUGCACUACUGUCUAAUCUAUCGAAGUGUUUUAAUUGUUUGACAAUAUUCGUUUGUUUAAGAGAAAAACUCGGGCAAAGUUUCCAUUUACUGCACAGAGUGGGAACCCCUGUCAUUUAAAAUAAAAUAAAAAUAAAAAUAAGAAAGUUACAAUGAUUGGAAAUGACAAUAAGGAUAAAGAUGAUUUACCAAAACGUCGGUCAACAUUUUACGUAUCUCUGGAAAAUGACACUCGAAAUUGUCAUCCUAAAAUAACAAAAUGUUUAUCUCAAGAUAAUGAUAAAUAUGCGUGCAAUACAUUUCCAAUAAGUGGGACUAAAAACCCUACGAUAUUGAACCGGACCUUAAGUAAUAGCGAUGGGUUAAACAAAAGGUCAGAAACAAGUACAAGUAUUAUUGGUACGGGUACGGGUUCAGGUACUAGUACUGGUACCGGUACAAGAGGUAAAGUACAGAGUCUUACACGGAUGUUUGAAACACCACCGGUUGUAGUGGAAUCGAUUGAAGAUACAACUCAAAGAAAGAAGGUCGAGAGGACACGUUCGUUGAAGACUAUAGAGAGGUUUCAAAAUCGUUUUGUUGGUAGAAAAGACAUUGAUAAAAAGAAUAGCCGUCUUAACAAUACAAUAGGGUGCUUGGAUAUUAAUCGAAACGAUGAAUUUAGCGAAACUGAACGACCGAAUAAAAGAAAAGAUGAAGCCAGAAAUAAAUUUUUAAAAAUUCAAGGACCAAAUCGACUUAAUAAUAAUAAUAAUAAUAGUAAUAAUAAUUAUAAUUAUAAUAAUAACAAUAAUAAUAAUAGUAUAAAAAAUAAAAAUAACAAUGAAAAUAAUAACUCGUUAAGUAAUUUAUUGAUUCGUCGAACUCAUAGUACAAAAGUUGUAAGAAGUGCCAGUGCACAUGUUAAAUCAUCGAGUGUUAUAAGACAUAUGUCGGUUGAUUGCCCUGUAGUAAAUUCGUCAAUUGAAAAAAAUAAAUUUCGUAGUAAUGAUUCAGAUAAUGAUUGUGAAAAUAAUUUUGAUGAUGAUGUUGAUGAAUCAGUAUUCGAAGAAACUGAGGCCGUUCAUUCAGACACAUCAUACGAGAAAGCGUGCAGAAGAGGAAGUGCUCCAGCGACACCAGUUUUGGGUGCACGACCUUUAGACGUAACUCCCAACAGAAUCGUCAACUUUUUUUCUAAGCGAUCGUUCCGCUCGAAUCCCUUGAAGAGAACGAAAAGUGUGACGAAACUUGAGCGCCAGAAGCAGCGGGGAGCAGGUCUAAGAGGUUGCCGUUCACACGAGUCACUUUUGUGUGGACAAGCUGUGACAUCAAUGGAUCUUGCAGCGGUCACACCAUUACAUCCAAGUCUAUUGGGUAGACCACAUUGUUUUCAAGUGACACCAAGUAAUGGUCCACCGAAAUAUUUUAGUUGUCGAACGGCUCAUGAAAGAGAUCAAUGGUUACACAGUCUGAGGAAAUCAGUUCAACCAGAUGCUGAGCAAACUCGUCGAACUGACAAUUCACUGCAGAUAUGGUUACUCGAAGCCAAAGGUGUACCUACAAAAAAGCGUUACUUUUGUGAAGUAUGUUUGGACAAUACAUUAUACGCUCGUACAACAGCAAAAUUAAAAACAGAAUUAUGUUUUUGGGGCGAGCAUUUUGACUUUCAUCAUUUACCAUCAGUCAACACAAUACAAGUAAAUUUGUAUAGAGAAGCUGACAGAAAAAAAAAGAGAGACAAGAAUGUAUUGAUAGGUUCCGUUAGUAUACCCGUACAAAAUGUAACGUCACGUUAUCUAACUGAAAAAUGGUACCCUGUACAAAGUGACAAAGGAGUAUUAAAAGAACCGCCAGCACUACGUGUUAAAUGCCGUUUUCAAUCAGUCGACAUUUUACCUGUUCAUGUUUAUCAAGAAUUUCUUGAGUAUUUAAAGACAGAUUAUGCGUCGCUCUGUGAAAGACUAGAACCAGUAAUUGGUGUCAAAGCAAAAGAAGACAUUGCUACGGCACUAGUAGCAGUGAUGCAGCGUGAAAAAAAGGCACCACAAUUUUUAGCUGAUUUAGUAAUGAUGGACAUUCAUCGAAUCGAUGAUGAAAGAUUGACUUUUCGUGGUAAUUCACUGGCAACAAAAGCUAUGGAAGCUUAUCUUAAAUUAACUGGUGAUCGUUAUCUACAAGAAACUCUGGGAGCUGUAGUUCGUGGGGCUGUCGAUGGUGGUGACUGUGAAGUGGAUCCUCUAAAAGUAUCAUCAUUAGCGGCAUUACACAAACAACAACAGAAUUUACGUGCAGCAGUUGAAUUAGCAUGGAGUAGAAUAUUAUCAAGUCACGCACAUUUUCCUUUAGAAUUACGUGAAUGUUUUAGAAUAUUUCGCGAACGAUUAGCGGAACUUGGACGUGAAGAUAUUGCAGACAAUUUAAUAUCUGCAUCUAUUUUCUUACGAUUUUUAUGUCCAGCCAUAUUAAGUCCUUCGUUAUUCAACAUAACGCACGAAUAUCCCAAUGAAAAAGCAGCAAGAAAUCUUACUCUGGUGGCUAAGAGUUUACAAACUCUCGCUAAUUUCACAAGAUUUCAGGGUAAAGAAAAUUUUAUGGAAUUUAUGAACGAUAUACUGGAACGUGAAGCGCCAGCGAUGAAAAACUUCUUGUUAUUAAUCAGUAGUCCAGUAUCAAAAGAUGCCCCAUCCAAUAAUUCUCUUGAGUUUGAUGGGUAUAUAGAUUUAGGAAAACAACUGUCACUAUUGCACGCACUUUUACGAGAAAGUAUUGCCGGAACAGCUUCAUCAUCACCGUCAUCACCUCCAUCAAAACUACCAGAUAUUCUUGACCGAAUUUCCCAGGCAUUAGAUCAACCCAGACCUAGUCCAAUAUCAACAGCCCAUCGGUAUCCAAGUCUUCAAAAUAACAUUUUUCGUUACAACGAUCCAACAAUAGUCAACAGUAAUUCAAAUCUUUCUGUGUCCGCAUCAUCAACGCUAAGUAAUCACAGUACAUUGAAUGGGACAUUAAGAGACAGCAAUGAAGUAUUACAGAGCAAUACUCUCGGACACACUGGAAAUAUAACGAGAUCACCAAAUGUUAUAAGAGCAGCAACACUCCCACGGAAUGCAUACCUUCCAACAAAUGGUAAACUACAAUUACAAAUAACAUCUGAUGAUUAUCAUCCGUUGGAACCACCAGCUUUUGUAUCACGAUCACCAACUCCAGUUACACGUCAACACAGACCUACGUUAUUAAAUCGUACUGGUUAUCGAUUAACCACAAGCGCCAGUCUCGCAAAUGUCAAUCAUUGUCAGAAUAAUCCAACAAGCCCGACACGAUCAGAAAGUCAUAAUAAUCUUAAAGAUGCUAAUUAUAAUAUAAACGUUAAUCAAACUAAUCAGGUAAUUACUGGUACAGGUAUUAUUAAUCGGCAGCAUAAUAUACCGGGUAAAUUGAUGGGUCAUGAUCAACAUGAUGACAAUUAUAAUCAUAAUAAUUAUAAUAUGUCAAGAUCAAGUAGCAGAAAUCAAUGCAAUAGAGAAGAGAAUGCUAAUCAAAUACAACAAAAUUAUAAUAAUAUUACCAAGACAACAGUCAAUGCCAAUCCAAUAAAUAUUAACCCUACUGCGAAUCUCACAUUAUCAAUAAACAAUCAACCAAAUAAUAAUAAUUAUAAUAAUAAUAACAAUAAUAAUAAUAAUGUUAAAACAAUAGCGAGUACAAAUGGUAAUCUCGAUGAAAUUUCUGAUUUAUUGAGGUAUGCUGAUGAUGAAGUAUCGGAAUCUAAAUCACAAAAGGGAUCACAGAUAUCGAUAUCACAAUUAAGUAAUGUCGCGUCAUCUGGAUAUCAAAGUUUCGCUGCUUAUAGUCAAAGUUCGAGCCCCGUUGAACUCAGUAAUAACACGAAUUCUCAUAUUAUAAAUGCUGCUCCACUUGCUUUUGCAAAUCCAGUGUAUCAUAUGGAGGGUAAUCAUGGGAGAAAUGGUAGAAGAGGAAGCAGUAGCUCUGAAGAAAGAGAAAUCGGUAGUGGUGGCAGUGGGAAUGGUGGUAAUGGCGUUGAAGGUGUCUGUGGUGUUGAUUUAAGUCCACUACCACAGACUCAACAAUCAAAUAAUAUGAGAAAUAAUCAACGAAAUGGGCAACAUCAAUGGAGACAGGCCAAUCCAAAUUAUCGAAAUGUUGAACAAAACCAAAAUACUUGUUGUACAAAACUUAUGAGACGGUUGUCUUUAGACUCGACGAGAGAUUUAUCGGACACUAGUGAAGAAGAAAACUGUCCGAAUCGACGAAACAAAUCACGUAGUCAUCGAAGUAUUGAUCAGUAUGAAAUGGAAAUAGAACGAUUACAAAAUAGCGUGGAUAGACUACGAGCGAGAUUAGGAGCUGCUGAAGACGCCGAAAUUGAUGGCAAUGCGCCUGAUACUAAAAUGAAGAAUAUCAUUAGCAGAUUGAUUUCUGUGGAGGAGGAACUACGACGCGAACAACAAAAAAUGUCUGCAGCACUUUCGUACAAGCAGCGCGUAAUCGACGCUCAAGAGCAACAAAUAGCUGCUCUGGAUGCAGCAAACACCCGGCUAAUGUCAUCAAAUUCAAGACUAUUAUCCGCAUUAAGCACUCUUAAACAACGCUACAACAUUAGUAAAACACAGCCAAAUAAUAACGAAGCCGCAGCAUUGUUACAAAAUAUUGCUGAUAUUAAUGAGCUUAAAAGUUCAUCUUGUUGAGAUAAUUCAUCAUAUUUUUCUUAUCAAAGAUAAAAUUUAAUUAAAGUAUUUUUUUUUCUUUUUUCUACUAAUGUCAAAAUACCGAAGAUUAUUAAUGUAUUUUUAUUGUAAAAUUAUUUAUCUGAAUCUGUCACUCUGCUUCUUUUGUAGGUUUACUUAGAAAAAAAGUUAACGUAAACAAAAAACCUAGAUAUUUUUUUUGAAGUUAGUGGUGGCAUAUAGAGGCUAAUUAUAUAUGAUAUCGAUAAGUCUAGAUUGAUUUCAUAAUUUUUACAACAAAAUUAGAUUUUGUAUUAUAUCGCAUGAGACUAUCGAUAGGUUUUUCAUAAUUAGUAGGGUAGUCAUUAAAAACUAAAUUUGCUCAGACGUCCUAUAAAAAGCUUCUUUUUACUAAAAAAAUACGUGGAGAAUUUGGUUUUUUCUUUUUGAGUAAAAACAACAUGUGCCUCAGAAUGAUCACAGCUCAUUUUUCGAUACAAUCGCGUUUUUUUUCAAAUAUCUCAUAAAAUAUGCAGAUUAAAGGAAAAACUCAUAGGAACAAUUUUGUAGGAAAUUAAAUUUUAGACAAAAAAGGCCAUGUUCAUUUUUUUUCUAAAACGUGUAUUUAGGAAGAUAUUUCAAAAAAACAACUUUUUUUUAGAUCUUAUGAAUUGAGCGUUUUAAGGAUUACAAAUUUUGAAAAUAACAUUUUUCUAAGUAUAUAGAAACUAUAACAAGCAUGAAUGAUUGAUAUGUUAUGAGUUACGAAGUUGUCUAUACUUAAGAAAAAACUUUAUUUUUGACAUUCGCAAUCUUUAAAAUGCUCAAUUGAUUUAUAAAAAAGUUUUUUCAAAAUAUCUUCAUAAAUACACGUUUUAUAAAAAUAAUGAACAGGACCUUUUUUGUCAAGAAUUUAAUUUCCUACAAAAUUGUUCCUACGAUUUUUUCCCGUAAUCUGCAUAGUUCAUGAGAUAUUUGAAAAAACCGCGAUUGUAUCGAAAAAUGGACUUUGUUCGACCUGAGGCACGUGUUCUUUUUACUCAAAAAGAAAAAACCAAAUUCUCCACGUAUUUUUUCACUAAACAGAAGCUUUAUAUAGGACGCCUGAAAAAAUUUAAUUUUUAGCCACUACCCUAAUAAUUAGUGUUCAAAAAUAAUCUCAUUGUCUAGUUGUUUUUAUUAUAUUAUUUAAUAUAUAUAUAUUUGACUUAAAUAAUUGACAAGUUACACUUUCAAACAAAUAAUUUAUGACAAAUAUUAAUUUUUUUUUUAAUGACUGAAUUUAAUCCAAAUCUAAAAAACGAAAGUACGAAAAAGAAAGUAAUUAUAAUUUUUUUUUUAAUUGGAAAUUUUUACCGGUAAAAUUUUUUUCAUAU